GCAAAUAAAAGAAUUUCCCUUAAUAAAUAUUUAAAUAUGAAACGUUCAGGAAAUUCACAAAGUUCAUUGAUAUUCUUCAAAUUAUUGAAAGCUGGGAAACUUGCAUAUAAUGGACUCAUUUACAAUUUAGGAUUGAUGAAUUUGGCCAUGACUUUAUGCCCUUCGGAAGAUAGAGUGAUGGUGCAUAAUUAG